GUGUUUGGACACUGCUUGUCUUCCAUCAUCAUUGAGUCACUCUACUCUGCCUUAUCUGCUAGGCCGAUCUUUGCGGUCAUUGCGGACACCUUAUAUGUUAACAGAGGUGUUUCUGUUUUGGCCCUCCGGUUCCUUAUUCUGCUCGCUCUGUCACUAGUCACACUCACUAGCUAUCUUUGCUGUGGCAUAGGUCACUAGAGAAUCCGCAACCUUAGCAACACCAACGCAUCUAUUUGCUCGGAGCACUUCGCUGACCCGCGUAACUACCCUUGAGACUUAUUGAACCGCACGCUUCGCUCCAUCUCUUCUCUUCUACACAUCGCCAUAUCCUCCAACUCGCGCGUGUUCUGGGAGUAUUGAUACUAUAAGGGGAAAUUUGCAAACUAUCCAGAACAGGACUGCAUGCCGUUGCCAUCUGCCCAUUUUCAACGUUGCACUGAACUGGACCAGGAUGAACACGGGGUCUGGGCAAGGUCCUGUCACGGAUCCCUAUCUAGGUAUACCGAUGCAGGGCAUGUCUUUCGACUUGCCGCCCAAUCUUUUCGGGCCCAACAUGGGACAACCUGAAGCGAUGGGAGGCAACAUGUUUCAACUCGCAUCUGACACCAAUCCAGUUGACAUGCCUGUUCAGAGCGGACAAUCUUCCCAACUGCCGUCUCCCGACACCAUGCAGCAACAGAUGCAUUCACGUGCAGCACUGGACAAUUGGAAUCCAACACAAGCCUCAGACUACCAGCAACCACCACCUUUGAAUCCCAACCCGAGAUCGGCCCACGCGAUGAAUCAACUGAACCCGCCGUACAACCUCAUGGGCUGGGUAUACCCUCCACUGGUACAGCCAGUCCCGAACGUAAACCCCGCGGGAUCACAGUACCCGCCCGUCCAAGCAGUUCCCAACCAGCAACAGAUCCCACAGGUGCUCCAGCAGCAUCUAGCACGGGUACGACCCUCUGUGAACUCUUCACAGCCGCCGUUUCGACAUCGCAACAGUGCCCCUUACCCGCAGGUAGGAGGGGGUGUGGGGAUGAGAAGGCAUCACCGAUCGUCAUCUAGCGUGGGAUCGGUCGGCUCUACUCGACAGCCCUCGAGCCGCAAUAGCGUCAACGGACACCGUCAGACCCGCCCGGCUCCCGUGAACAACGCGCACCAAUCCACUCCGACUCAGCCUUCCAGCGAUCGCCAGCCCGGUCCCACCGUACAUCGAUCCCAUCCGUGGAUCCCCCCGGACGACCGUGACCGACUGGAGCUGGCACGGCAAUUGCACAUGGCUCGCGUCCAAUCCAACGAGAUUCGACUCUACCAUGAGGCCAUCGCACAGAGCCAACGCCGCUACGAGACCCUCGAUAUAAAUGGCCAGUCGCCCUUGCCCAAAAGUCUGGAUAGCAAGAAUGACGGUCGGCCGGAGCCCAAGGAAACGGACGACCUGACGGUGAACAUGGAAUGCAAGAUCUGUAUGAGCCAGUUGGUGGACACGGUGAUGCUGCCUUGCGGCCAUGCCAUCUUGUGUCGUUGGUGCGCAGAGCAGCAUAUGCCGUCCGGGGCAGACCGGACUCGUCCUAAGAGCAAGGCCCUGUGCCCUGUGUGCCGGGGGCCGGUGAAAUACAAGUUUCGAAUCUACCUCUCCUAAUAAUAAUACUCCAACAACCGAGUAGUUUCCUCUCAGUCUUCCGGUUUCGCUCAUGGUUUCAUUGCUCUGGGUUCCGGUCUGAUUCUAUCAUCUUCAACUACGAUCUACUGGCUAGAUCUUCGGUUUAUGCUUUCUGAUCUGAGCAUCAUUGCACAUGGGAUUAGUGCCAGUGCCAGUACUGGCUUCAUAUUCGCCU